GGGUGGGAAAGGACUGCCCACGCGUAGGCUUGUUGGCCGCGGAUCUCUCCUUCGCGCCGCCUGGAUCCCUUUUGGAGGACAGCUCAGCCAUGGCCAGCUUUCCCUAUUUAGACGAAGCAGAGUUGAGGAACCGCAAGGUUCAAUAUCUGGCCCAGAACUCCGUCGCGGCUGCCUCUCAAAUCCAGGAACUGCUGGAUUUUUUGAACUCCUUCAAGGCCCAUGUUGGGAUCCUAGGGGAGCACCGCGCAGGGGUGACCAAGCUGGUUGAGGGUCUCCUGAGCAAGCCCUGCCCCGUGACAAACCUUUAUGCUUACUUCCGGGACGCUCAAUGGCCCCCGCUCUCUGCAGAGGUCCACGUCCAUCCCACCUUCCCUCACCUCAACUUGCAUGAUCUACCCGGCUUCGUAGCCACCGAGAACCCGGCUGCCUAUCUCACAAAGCUAGGUGACCUCCAGCCGUUCAGCUGUUUUGUGCUGGUGGUAGGAACCAGGGGCCUCAGAGACAUCCAUCUCCAAGUCCUCAAGGCCAUCAAGCGGAAGAAGAAACUGUUCUUCGUGGUUCGCACCAAGAUCGACCUGGAUCUUCACACAGCUCGAAAGCGCCUUCAAUACAGAUACAAUCCUGCAGAGCAGAUGAACAGGAUCAGGAAGGAAUUGUCCGAGAAGCUGACCAAGGAUGGUUUGGAGGCCAAGAUCUUCCUGGUGUCUGGGCUGCAGACGGAGAGAUACGACUUUGCUUCGUUCGAGGAAGCUUUGGAAGGAGAAGUACUCAACUUGAAAAGGCACCACGAGGGAAAUCUGAAGGACUUCCACGCAGUGAGUCAAAAGACGGUCAAGGAGCUAUUUGAGAUUUGCAAGUUCAGCAGCUUGGCGGAUGUCCCAGGGGUAAUCCAGGCUAUGCUGGCCAACCCCACUCAAAUCCAUCUGAAUGUAGCUCUGAUUGGGGAAACAGGCUCAGGAAACUCCUCCCUGAUCAACGCGCUGAGAAGAGCAGGCGCUGAAGAGGCAGGGGCAGCCCCCACCGGAAUAGCCAAGACCACCAGGGUAGCCACAGCCUACCCAUUCCCUUCCGUCCCUAACAUGUUCCUUUGGGAUUUGCCAGGGGUGGGGUUGAUGGAGGAUGACGUGAAGCGCCUGGACCUCAGCCGCUACAGCGCCUUCCUCCUGGUGGCCUCGGAGCGCUACAAGCACAUCCACAGCUGUCUGGCCAAAAUGAUUGCUUCGGAAGGGAAACAGUCUUUCUUUGUGAGGAACAAGAUCGACGUAGACGUGGAGGCUCAAGGUGGAAGCCAACCCAACGUGAAGGAGAAACUUCAGGAACAGAUCCGGAAGAGCUGCGUGGAAGCUCUGAAGAACGAUGGUGUGGAAUGUCCGGUCUUCUUGGUCUCCUCCUUCAUGGCUGAAGCCUACGACCUGCCUCUCCUUAGGGAAGAACUCCAGAAACAGGCGGCCGAGUUGAAGAGGAAGGCGUUGAGGAGAGCAAUCCCAACCGUCGUCUCCCAGCUGGUGAGACUCAAGAGCAAAGUGCUGAUGAAGGACGUGUGGGGGAAGACUUUGCAAGUUGGCCUCUCCUCGGUGGAUGGCUUCAAGGAGACGGAGGUCAAGAACCUCCUGGCCAUCAUCGCCAGUUUCUGCAUCCACCUCGGUCUGAACGAAACAUCUGUCGCGAGGACAGCCCAGUGUACUGGCAAAGAAAUCCACUGGCUUCAUGAACAGAUCCAAAGCCGUUUUGCCUGCUCAAUGCCCCCCACCGAGGUGCUCAACCUCAUAGUGAAGCCUCCCUCGUGGGGCAACUGGGCGUGGAGCUACAUGCCCUACUGGGGCAGAGGAGGUAAAGUGGAGGCCACAAUCUCGGUGGAGAACGUUUACAACCUGUUGAAGCAAGCUGUGGUGGAGCUGUCCGAAGAUGCGGAGAGGCUGCUGCUGGCAGCCUUCUCGGAGGACUAGAGGUGGAGGGAUAGAUUGGGGGAGAAAAGCCAACAACCUCUUCAUCCC